AUGGAGACGAAGCUACCUGCCACCUACACUGGUGUCUCUCUGUGGGCACUCAGCUUGGCCGGCUAUCUUCCUUCGAACACGACCUUCGCUAAGGCGGCAGGAGACACCAUCACCAAGAUCUGGACCAAGACCGCUCAUCUCUGGCAGUCUGAACUCAACAGCCUCGGCGGGCCUUGGGACCGAACCUACGGGAUUGGUCUUUCGGGCUGCGUGAGCUUGCUCGGCUACUCCGUAGCUGGUCUCUUUGAUGCUGAUGUGAGGAGCUGGCCUGUGCCUUGGAAGCUGUCCGGUGCGUCACAUGUCGACGAUGCCGCUUUCGCACCUUUGAUGGCCAUCACCAGCAAGUACCACGAUAAGUCUGUCUCGCAAGAGUCGCGCAAUUUGUUAAAGCCCAACAAGACUGGCAACAGGUAUGGCCGUCUUGUCAAAUCGCACGCCUGGUCGCCUCCUUUCGAUGCCAAUGUUAAGCAGUAUGGUCCUCGCAACUACACUGCUUGGAUCACACCGAACAUCUCUGUCGGUCGUACUGAGAUCGACGAAGCUGUCAUCGGUGGGCCUGCCAAGAACCCUACUGCAUUUACUCCAGCUGCAUUUGCAGCCAACUACACUGCCCCGACCCAGAUGACGCUCAUGUUCGGUAUCAGCCCUCUCGCAUGGUUGCCUGACGACUUCUUGCUUGCUUCCAACAGGACUGAGGGCAAGCUGCCUGGCAUGGAACUAGAGCUGAACGGUAGCGUCGCUUCAGGCGCGGUCAAGCGUUCCAUGACGUACGACAGCGAGAAGAAUGUCUACGGUUUCUACUACUAUAACCUCACCUUUGCACUCGGCGGGCUGGCACAGAACACUGUCCCUCAGCUCGUUGUCUCCUACAAGCUCUCAUAA